GUGACCCAAAGGCGGACAACAUGCGCCCACGCGUCCAUGUGAACCAUAUCAAUGCCCCUGCAGAUUCUCAUGGCGUUUUACCCAUUUGACGCAUUUGACGCAAUUUGAGCAUGAGCAGUCGGUAAAACUCAUUUCCCCACCCUCCCCAAAUCACCCCCAUGUUUUUACCAGCCUCACCUGCACUACCUCUGAUCUGCAGGUCAUCCAGCUUUCCGAAUCAUAUAGGACACUUCAAAGCGCUGCAGCACCAUCGCAGCCCAUAGAAUGCUUGGUCACGGCCAGCCUGGCCUUUCCGCCUCAACCAUGCCGCUGGUCAAAGACAAGCCGACUUGGCAGUCCCAGUCUUGAUGGGCGGUGGGGUGGAAUUAAAUCAUCGAAAUGACCGCGAGUUUCGUGCACCAGCGAGCAACUCCAUGAAAUCACCCGAAUCCAAUCUACCUGGUCAUGAUCGUAGAGCCGUCGCUAGCUUCAGGAUUCGGCGCUGGAUAUUUGCCGCCCGUUCCGACCCACCGGGUGGCCAGCUGGGCAAAUUUGUCCCACAUUCGACCUCCGAGCCCUGGCGACAACCGUCUUUGGCCGACCACCCCCGGUCACUAUCGCAAAGCUCCCCACGAACCCAGGAUCGGGACGUAGUCCUGUCGAAUAGGUUACCAGUCCCGACCGACUGGGCCCGUGAAUACCCAUUUUCCCGUUGUGCCCAGGGUUUUAGGAGGCCACCUCGUCAUUGCGAGGUCCUCUACUUACGCAGUGACGGGCGGGUCGUCUUGAAGGGUCUCUCUUGCACUAUUCACCACUCUACGGCUGGGAUACGUCAAGCCGACUAUGAUCUGAACGGGCCUUGGCAGGAAUGGGCCGGCUAGCUCUUCGGAUUGGACAACGGCCGAGGCGUGGGCUUGCUGACCGGAGUCGACCGAGGCAGAUACAGUACUACGCGACAUGACGUUUGAUCGUGACAACCAUGCUUUGAUUGGAUGCAGAAUGAAUCGAAUACCCCUACGUCAUUUCUAGAGAUGAAGGCAUACUGCAAGUGAAUCCGUUCCGACUGGCUAUACAUGUACCGUA